AAGGCAAUAGACUAAACAUUUAACUUAAUUUAUUUACUUGAAUAAUUAUAUUGACCAUGUAUUCGCUUAUAGCAAUAGUUAUAGCAUUUGUAUGGAUUGGAAACGACAGGGUAUGUAUGGGCCAGGAGUACAAGUGUGAUGUGGAGCAGCCAAAAGCCGACCAAUUGAUCAAGGAGAUGUUUAUGUUUGCGGCCGACAAACAAAAAUUUCCCACCAACGAGACCGAGAUGAAACAAUUUUGCGAUGCAAGUAAACAGCGCGAGAAAGACCUGAAACGAUACGGCGAUACGUGUUUGCAAAAUAUGGAGAAAACAGUAUUGAAUUUAUUUGUGUAUUCAGUGGUCAAGCAUUCGGUGGGUGUCUGUAAAUUCAAGCGCCGCGGACUCGAGUUUCAACAGAUGGGCAAAUGUGGUAACUCUGACCGUAAGACUAAUAAGAAAUGCUGGAACGACUGGAUGGCAACUUUGGCCGGUAUUGCCAAUACCACCAAUGAUAAGCUUAAAAUACCGCUCGCAUGUUGG